AAGAUCAAAAGCCCUCAGUGGCAACAAUGAAGGGGAGAUUUGUGUGGUUGUGUUUCCUUACUUUGUCUGCCAGUGUCAUUAAUAUCACCGCCAGGCAGGUUCACAACCAUGUCAGCAGCAUCUGCAGCACUUGGGGAAGAGAGCACUUCAAGACAUUUGAUGGUGAUGUGUACCAGUUCCCUGGUAUGUGUGAAUACAACCUGGCCUCAGACUGCCACGAGUCCUACCAUGAGUUCUCAGUACACAUGAAGAGGGAAGAGAAUGAUGGAAAUCCUACAGUCAGUUAUGUGGUGGUCACCAUCAAUGACCUUUUAUUCCACCUCACUAAGAGCCAGGUCACUGUGAACAGCGUGCCUGUCAAAAUGCCCUACAACGAGGCAGGGGUACAAGUGGAAAACAUUGCGGUUUACAUCAAGCUCCAAUCCAAAGUUGGCAUCACUGUCAUGUGGAAUGGUGAUGAUGCAGUCAUGGUGGAACUCGAUCAUGACUAUGUCAAUCGUACCUGUGGACUAUGUGGAGACUUCAAUGGUGUUUCUGUCUUCAAUGAGUUCAUUCUUAAUGGUCGCAAAAUGAGUCCCAUUGAGUUUGGCAACAAUCAGAAAGUCCAUCAUCCAGAUGACGAUUGUGAAGACCCUUAUGAAAAGGAAAAUGAGCCAAAGGAGACUUUUACUGUGCCAGUUUCAUGCAAGGAGUUUCAAACCACCUGUGAACGAAUGCUUCGUUCAGAGUCCUGGAGCUCCUGCACCAAACUGAUUAACCCUGAACCUUACAUAGAGGCCUGUGUGCAGGACAUGUGUGGCUGCAACAACAGUACAAAUAACUUCUGCAUCUGCAGCACACUUUCGGAGUUGUCUCGGCAGUGUUCCCAUGCAGGAGGGCAGCCUCCCAACUGGAGAACACCUCAGUUCUGUGCUAAACAGUGCCCAUUCAACAUGGUUUAUGAAGAGAGUGGUUCCCCUUGUAUGGUUACAUGCACACAUCUGGAAUCAAGUUCACUGUGUGAGGACCACAAAAUGGACGGCUGCUUCUGUCCUAAUGGAACUGUGUUUGAUGAUAUUUCCAUGCGAGGGUGCAUUGCUCAAUCUGAAUGUCAGUGCAAGCACGACAAAAUCUAUAACCCUGGUGAGGUUUAUCAACAGGUCGGGAAAAAUUGUACAUGUUUUGAGGGUAGAUGGGCUUGUGAGAGCCUUCAGACUCCUGCUACAUGUGCAGUUGAAGAGGGUUCACAUGUAACUACAUUUGAUGGGAAAACUUACACUUUCCAUGGAGACUGUUUCUACACCCUAGCCAAAGUGGAAAGCAAGGAUGAUGCAAGUCCAAAUUUUACCAUCCGGGCCCAGUUGGUGCCAUGUAGACACCUAGAGUCUGACACUUGUCUUAAGAACCUUAAAUUCCUGCUGAACAAUGACAGAAACAACGUAUUAACGUUCACUUCCGAUGGCACAGUAAAGCAGAAUAUGCAGACUAUCACUUUGCCACACCACUCAGGUGACAUCAACAUAUUUCAUGCUUCAUCCUUUCACAUCUUGCUCCAGACCAGCUUUGGGUUGCAAAUUCAGGUCCAGCAUGUGCCCGUCAUGCAAGUCUAUGUCAGCCUGGAACCAGGCUACAGAGCAAAGACACGCGGUUUAUGUGGGAACUACAACAUGGUCCUGUCUGAUGACAUGAAGACUCCACAGGGGAUUGUGGAGGGAACAGCAGCAACAUUUAGUAACUCCUGGAAGGCUAACUUCAUGUGCCGAGACAGAGAGGAAAGACUUGAUGACCCCUGUGCCCUCAGUGUGGAAAAUGAGAAUUACGCCAAACACUGGUGCGCCUUGCUACUAAGUCCAAACAGUACCUUUGCACAGUGCCAUUCAGUGAUGGAUCCUGAGAUGUACUACAAGCGAUGUACUUAUGCUAGCUGUAACUGUGAGAAGAGUGAGGCCUGCCUCUGUGCCGUCUUCUCCUCCUACACAAGAGCUUGUGCAUCAAAGGGAGUGUUCCUGACAGACUGGAGACAGAAUGUUUGCGAUAAAUACACAAGGAGCUGUCCAGCAUCUCAGAUCUUCUCUUACAAAAAUCAGAGAUGCCAGAUGACUUGCAGAUCGUUGGGCGAAAAGCAACAAAGCUGCACUUCUGACUUCUUGCCUGUGGAUGGCUGCUCCUGCCCUGAGGGUCUCUACCUAAAUGAAGACGACUUGUGCGUCCCCAUGGCAAAAUGCCCCUGCUACUAUAAUGAAGUCUACAUCCAGGCAGGAAAGUCCAUCAGCAUGAAAGAUGACCAAUGUAUGUGCACCAAUGGAAUACUUCAUUGCCAUUCUCUAAGAGUCCGUUCAGCAACAUGCCCUUUUCCAAAAGUAUUCUUCAACUGCUCCACUGCGGGCGCAGGAGAGCUUGGACUGCAAUGUGCUCAAACUUGUUUAAAUCUGGACAACAGUGAUUGUGACUCCACAGAGUGUAAAUCUGGCUGUCAGUGUCCAGGUGGCCUUAUUGAUGAUGGAAAAGGCUCCUGUGUAAAAGUCCAUCAAUGUCCAUGUCAGCAUUAUGGGCAUCUUUAUGCCCCUGGAACAAAAAUCCCUAACCAAUGCAACAGCUGUACCUGCAAAAGUGGAAACUGGGAGUGCACAGAGAAAAAAUGUCCAGGAACUUGCAUUAUUUAUGGGAGUGGUCACUACAAAACAUUUGAUCAGCGAACAUAUGAGUUUCAAGGACAUUGUGACUAUGUUGCUGUUAAGAACUGUGGGACUAAAACAGUGCAGGACAACUUUGGUGUUAUCACAGAAAAUGUACCCUGUGGAUCUACAGGCACCACAUGCUCCAAAACUGUUCGAAUCCAACUUGGCUGCAGUUUUUACAAUCACAAUGAAAGCAACAAAAUCUCUUUAACAUUGCAGCGAAUGGAAGUCAAACUAUCAAAGGGUCACUAUAAGGAAGAGGACCUUGGAGAUGGCCCUCAGAUUCAGUACAAAAUAAGGAGGGUUGGGUUGUAUCUGGUUAUAGAAUCUGCCAUUGGUCUGACAGUGAUGUGGGAUCGCAAAACAACUGUUCGCAUCCUCCUGGAACCAAAGCACAGAGAGGUAUGUGGUCUGUGUGGAGAUUUUGAUGGUGAUGGACAGAAUGACUUCACCACCCAGGGUCAGCUGACAGUGAGCAAUGCGUUAGAGUUUGCAAAGUGGAAAGUUUCAAGCAGCUGCCCAGAUCUGAAAAUGAAUGUUGACCCUUGUGGAGCAAGACCUAAUAGACAUCACUGGGCAAGAGUUAUGUGCAACAUUAUGAUUGAAAAGGAUGGUACUUUCAAAGACUGCCACAAUAAGGUAGAUCCCCAUCCAUUUUAUGAAAACUGUGUGACAGACUCAUGUGCCUGCGACUCUGGAGGAGACUGUGAGUGUUUCUGCACAGCAGUUGCAGCUUAUGCUCAAGCUUGUAAUGAGGCUGGUGUCUGUGUUGCAUGGAGAACUCCAGAAAUCUGUCCUGUCUUUUGUGACUACUACAACAGCCCAGGUGAAUGCAAAUGGCACUACAACCCUUCACACACCUGCUACAAGACCUGCUUGAAUCCACAAGGAAUUUGUAGCAACCCUUUACCCCACCUGGAAGGCUGUUACCCUGUAUGCCCAGAAGAUAAGCCCAUAUUUAAUGAGGAGACCCAGAUGUGUGUGGAGGAAUGUCCAGGUUGCUUUUACAAUGGUACUAACGAAAUCUGCACACCUGCACCUCCAACUACAACCCCAGUGCCAACUACAACCACACAAACUACAACUGAAUCUCAAACUACAACCACAGUGCCAACUACAACCACAAAAGGUCCAACGGAACCUCCCACUACAACACCAGUGCCAACUACAACCACAGAAGGUCCAACUGAACCUCCAACUACAACACCAGGGCCAACUACAACCACAAAAGUUCCAACUGUACCUCCAACCACAACACCAGGGCCAACUACAACCACACAAACUACAACUGAAACUACAACUACAACCCCAAUGCCAACUACAACCACAGAAGCUAAAACUCCUACCACUACUCCGUGUAUUACAACCUGUGAGUGGUCAGACUGGUAUGAUGUGCAUAACCCUCAAAAGGACAACAGUGACUGGGAAACAUACAAGAACAUCACAGAUAGUGGUCUACAAAUAUGCAGAAAACCCAGAGAAAUUGAUUGUAGAGCAACAAUUUCUCCUAACAAAGACUUCAAUGACUUUGUGAGUGAAACUGGCCAAGUUGUUACCUGUGAUGUUGGAUAUGGUCUGAUAUGUCGAAAAGAGGAUCAGGUCAGACCUCCACGGAAAUGCUUCAACUAUAAGAUCAGAGUAUGUUGUGAGGUAGAGAUAUGUAUUACUACAACCCCAGUGCCAACUACAACCACAGUGCCAACUACAACCACACAAUCUACACUGCCUCCAACUACAACACCAGGGCCAACUACAACCACACAAACUACAACUGAACCUCCAACUACAACCACAGUGCCAACUACAACCACAAAAGGUCCAACGGAACCUCCCACUACAACACCAGGGCCAACUACAACCACACAAACUACAAUCACAGUGCCAACUACAACCACAGAAGCUACAACUGAACCUCCAACUACAACACCAGUGCCAACUACAACCACACAAACAACAACUGAACCUCCCACUACAACACCAGGGCCAACUACAACCACACAACCUCCCACAACAACCCCAGUGCCAACUACAACCACAGAAGCUAAAACUCCUACCACUACUCGUGUAUUACAACCUGUGAGUGGUCAGACUGGUAUGAUGCAUAACCCUCAAAAGGACAACAGUGACUGGGAAACAUACAAGAACAUCACAGAUAGUGGUCUACAAAUAUGCAGAAAACCCAGAGAAAUUGAUUGUAGAGCAACAAUUUCUCCUAACAAAGACUUCAAUGACUUUGUGAGUGAAACUGGCCAAGUUGUUACCUGUGAUGUUGGAUAUGGUCUGAUAUGUCGAAAAGAGGAUCAGGUCAGACCUCCACGGAAAUGCUUCAACUAUAAGAUCAGAGUAUGUUGUGAGGUAGAGAUAUGUAUUAUUACAACCCCAGUGCCAACUACAACCACACAAUCUACAACUGAACCUCCAACUACAACACCAGGGCCAACUACAACCACACAAACUACAACCACAGUGCCAACUACAACCACAGAAGCUACAACUGAACCUCCAACUACAACACCAGUGCCAACUACAACCACACAAACAACAACUGAACCUCCCACUACAACACCAGGGCCAACUACAACCACACAAACUACAAUCACAGUGCCAACUACAACCACAGAAGCUACAACUGAACCUCCAACUACAACACCAGUGCCAACUACAACCACAGAAGCUACAACUGAACCUCCCACUACAACCACAGUGCCAACUACAACCACAAAAGUUCCAACUGAACCUCCAACUACAACACCAGGGCCAACUACAACCACAAAAGUUCCAAUUGUACCUCCAACUACAACACCAGGGCCAACUACAACCACAACAGGUCCAACUGAACCUCCAACCACAACACCAGGGCCAACUACAACCACACAAACUACAACUGAACCUCCAACUACAACCCCAGUGCCAACUACAACCACACAAACUACAACUGAACCUCCCACAACAACCCCAGUGCCAACUACAACCACAGAAGCUAAAACUCCUACCACUACUCCGUGUAUUACAACCUGUGAGUGGUCAGACUGGUAUGAUGUGCAUAACCCUCAAAAGGACAACAGUGACUGGGAAACAUACAAGAACAUCACAGAUAGUGGUCUACAAAUAUGCAGAAAACCCAGAGAAAUUGAUUGUAGAGCAACAAUUUCUCCUAACAAAGACUUCAAUGACUUUGUGAGUGAAACUGGCCAAGUUGUUACCUGUGAUGUUGGAUAUGGUCUGAUAUGUCAAAAAGAGGAUCAGGUCAGACCUCCACGGAAAUGCUUCAACUAUAAGAUCAGAGUAUGUUGUGAGGUAGAGAUAUGUAUUAUUACAACCCCAGUGCCAACUACAACCACACAAUCUACAACUGAACCUCCAACUACAACACCAGGGCCAACUACAACCACACAAACUACAACCACAGUGCCAACUACAACCACAGAAGCUACAACUGAACCUCCAACUACAACACCAGUGCCAACUACAACCACACAAACAACAACUGAACCUCCCACUACAACACCAGGGCCAACUACAACCACACAAACUACAAUCACAGUGCCAACUACAACCACAGAAGCUACAACUGAACCUCCAACUACAACACCAGUGCCAACUACAACCACAGAAGCUACAACUGAACCUCCCACUACAACCACAGUGCCAACUACAACCACAAAAGUUCCAACUGAACCUCCAACUACAACACCAGGGCCAACUACAACCACAAAAGUUCCAAUUGUACCUCCAACUACAACACCAGGGCCAACUACAACCACAACAGGUCCAACUGAACCUCCAACCACAACACCAGGGCCAACUACAACCACACAAACUACAACUGAACCUCCAACUACAACCCCAGUGCCAACUACAACCACACAAACUACAACUGAACCUCCCACAACAACCCCAGUGCCAACUACAACCACAGAAGCUAAAACUCCUACCACUACUCCGUGUAUUACAACCUGUGAGUGGUCAGACUGGUAUGAUGUGCAUAACCCUCAAAAGGACAACAGUGACUGGGAAACAUACAAGAACAUCACAGAUAGUGGUCUACAAAUAUGCAGAAAACCCAGAGAAAUUGAUUGUAGAGCAACAAUUUCUCCUAACAAAGACUUCAAUGACUUUGUGAGUGAAACUGGCCAAGUUGUUACCUGUGAUGUUGGAUAUGGUCUGAUAUGUCAAAAAGAGGAUCAGGUCAGACCUCCACGGAAAUGCUUCAACUAUAAGAUCAGAGUAUGUUGUGAGGUAGAGAUAUGUAUUAUUACAACCCCAGUGCCAACUACAACCACACAAUCUACAACUGAACCUCCAACUACAACACCAGGGCCAACUACAACCACACAAACUACAACCACAGUGCCAACUACAACCACAGAAGCUACAACUGAACCUCCAACUACAACACCAGUGCCAACUACAACCACACAAACAACAACUGAACCUCCCACUACAACACCAGGGCCAACUACAACCACACAAACUACAAUCACCGUGCCAACUACAACCACAGAAGCUACAACUGAACCUCCAACUACAACACCAGUGCCAACUACAACCACACAAACAACAACUGAACCUCCCACUACAACACCAGGGCCAACUACAACCACACAACCUCCAACCACAACACCAGGGCCAACUACAACCACACAAACUACAACUGAACCUCCCACAACAACCCCAGUGCCAACUACAACCACAGAAGCUAAAACUCCUACCACUACUCCGUGUAUUACAACCUGUGAGUGGUCAGACUGGUAUGAUGUGCAUAACCCUCAAAAGGACAACAGUGACUGGGAAACAUACAAGAACAUCACAGAUAGUGGUCUACAAAUAUGCAGAAAACCCAGAGAAAUUGAUUGUAGAGCAACAAUUUCUCCUCACAAAGACUUCAAUGACUUUGUGAGUGAAACUGGCCAAGUUGUUACCUGUGAUGUUGGAUAUGGUCUGAUAUGUCGAAAAGAGGAUCAGGUCAGACCUCCACGGAAAUGCUUCAACUAUAAGAUCAGAGUAUGUUGUGAGGUAGAGAUAUGUAUUAUUACAACCCCAGUGCCAACUACAACCACACAAUCUACAACUGAACCUCCAACUACAACACCAGGGCCAACUACAACCACAACAACAACUGAACCUCCCACUACAACACCAGGGCCAACUACAACCACACAAACUACAAUCACAGUGCCAACUACAACCACAGAAGCUACAACUGAACCUCCAACUACAACACCAGUGCCAACUACAACCACAGAAGCUACAACUGAACCUCCCACUACAACCACAGUGCCAACUACAACCACAAAAGUUCCAACUGAACCUCCAACUACAACACCAGGGCCAACUACAACCACAAAAGUUCCAAUUGUACCUCCAACUACAACACCAGGGCCAACUACAACCACAACAGGUCCAACUGAACCUCCAACCACAACACCAGGGCCAACUACAACCACAAAAGUUCCAAUUGUACCUCCAACUACAACACCAGGGCCAACUACAACCACAACAGGUCCAACUGAACCUCCAACCACAACACCAGGGCCAACUACAACCACACAAACUACAACUGAACCUCCAACUACAACCCCAGUGCCAACUACAACCACACAAACUACAACUGAACCUCCCACAACAACCCCAGUGCCAACUACAACCACAGAAGCUAAAACUCCUACCACUACUCCGUGUAUUACAACCUGUGAGUGGUCAGACUGGUAUGAUGUGCAUAACCCUCAAAAGGACAACAGUGACUGGGAAACAUACAAGAACAUCACAGAUAGUGGUCUACAAAUAUGCAGAAAACCCAGAGAAAUUGAUUGUAGAGCAACAAUUUCUCCUAACAAAGACUUCAAUGACUUUGUGAGUGAAACUGGCCAAGUUGUUACCUGUGAUGUUGGAUAUGGUCUGAUAUGUCAAAAAGAGGAUCAGGUCAGACCUCCACGGAAAUGCUUCAACUAUAAGAUCAGAGUAUGUUGUGAGGUAGAGAUAUGUAUUAUUACAACCCCAGUGCCAACUACAACCACACAAUCUACAACUGAACCUCCAACUACAACACCAGGGCCAACUACAACCACACAAACUACAACCACAGUGCCAACUACAACCACAGAAGCUACAACUGAACCUACAACACCAGGGCCAACUACAACCACACAAACUACAAUCACAGUGCCAACUACAACCACAGAAGCUACAACUGAACCUCCAACUACAACACCAGUGCCAACUACAACCACACAAACAAUAACUGAACCUCCCACUACAACACCAGGGCCAACUACAACCACACAACCUCCAACCACAACCCCAGUGCCAACUACAACCACACAAACUACAACUGAACCUCCCACAACAACCCCAGUGCCAACUACAACCACAGAAGCUAAAACUCCUACCACUACUCCGUGUAUUACAACCUGUGAGUGGUCAGACUGGUAUGAUGUGCAUAACCCUCAAAAGGACAACAGUGACUGGGAAACAUACAAGAACAUCACAGAUAGUGGUCUACAAAUAUGCAGAAAACCCAGAGAAAUUGAUUGUAGAGCAACAAUUUCUCCUCACAAAGACUUCAAUGACUUUGUGAGUGAAACUGGCCAAGUUGUUACCUGUGAUGUUGGAUAUGGUCUGAUAUGUCGAAAAGAGGAUCAGGUCAGACCUCCACGGAAAUGCUUCAACUAUAAGAUCAGAGUAUGUUGUGAGGUAGAGAUAUGUAUUAUUACAACCCCAGUGCCAACUACAACCACACAAUCUACAACUGAACCUCCAACUACAACACCAGGGCCAACUACAACCACACAAACUACAACUGAACCUCCAACUACAACCACAGUGCCAACUACAACCACAAAAGGUCCAACGGAACCUCCCACUACAACACCAGUGCCAACUACAACCACAAAAGGUCCAAAUGAACCUCCAACUACAACACCAGGGCCAACUACAACCACAGAAGCUACAACUGAACCUCCAACUACAACACCAGUGCCAACUACAACCACAACCACAGAAGCUACAACUGAACCUCCCACUACAACCACAGUGCCAACUACAACCACAAAAGGUCCAACUGAACCUCCAACUACAACACCAGGGCCAACUACAACCACACAAACUACAACCACAGUGCCAACUAUAACCACAGAAGCUACAACUGAACCUCCCACUACAACCACAGUGCCAACUACAACCACAAAAGGUCCAACUGAACCUCCAACUACAACACAAGGGCAAACUACAACUACAACUACAUCUGCAUCUACCCCAACCACUACUCCUUCGCCCAAUUGCCCUAACUGGAAUAAAGUGCAAAAUGAGACAUUUCAUCUUUACAACUGUAUCAUGGCCAGAUGCAUUGAGAACAACAGGAUUGACACAUUUUCUCUUGAGUGUCCACCCAUGGAGAAGAUCACUUGUACCAAUGGAAAUAAACCAGUUCUUGUGUACGAUGAGUACCACUGCUGCCAACAUUAUGCUUGUGACUGUGUAUGUGAAGGCUGGGGAGAUCCUCAUUACAUCACAUUUGAUGGACUUUACUACACUUAUCAAGGAAACUGUACUUAUGUCUUGAUGGAAGAGAUUUCACCAAAAUAUAACUUGAAGAUUUAUAUUGACAAUGUCUUUUGUGCUCUCACUGACAAUGUUUCUUGUCCUCGAUCUAUAAUUGUAUUUUAUGGAUCACAUUUUUUCAAACUGAAGAAUCAUAACGUCAUUGGAGCACCAAAGUUGGAGGUGCUCAAAGAUGACGCACCUCUGAAACUACCUUAUUCACUAGAACAUGUUGAAAUCUCAAAUUCUGGCAUUAACCUGGUGUUGGAGAUCCCUGACAUAAAAGUGGUAAUUCGUUUUGGAAUAACUGGCUUUAGUGUUGCCCUUCCCUUUAAAUUUUUUGGCAGAAACACACAGGGACAUUGUGGAACAUGCAAUAACAACCAGGCUGAUGACUGCAUGUUACCUGGAGGCAGGCUGGAGAAAAGUUGUGCCUUGAUGGCCGACCAUUGGGUUGCAAUAAACAUUUCUCAACCUAACUGCCCACCUGUAUCGCCACGUCCGCCACCCGGUCCAUGCCUGAGCAAUCCAAACUCUAUGUGUGAACUGCUGAAGAGCAGUGUCUUUGCAGAGUGCCAUAGCUUUGUCUCUCCUGACAAUUUCUACCAAGGUUGUGUUUUUGAUAGCUGCUAUGUUUCCAAUCCAAAUGUGGAGUGCUCAAGUUUGCAGACUUAUGCUGCUGCCUGUGCUCAGGCUGGGGUUUGCAUUCAUUGGAGGAAUCACACCACACUGUGUGCCAUUGCCUGCCCAUCAAGCAAAGUUUACAAGCCAUGUGGUCCUGAAGAACAGCGAACCUGUGAAGACAAUCCUGACAAACUCACCAAGAACUUCACUACUGAGGGUUGCUUUUGUCCUGAUGGAAUGACACUAUUCAGCAAAUACUCUGACAAAUGUGUUGAAAAUUGUGGAUGUCUUGAUCCUGAGGGCAUUCCUCGUAAGUUUAAUGAGAUGUUUGAGUACAAAUGCCAAAACUGCAUCUGUGAGGAGUCCACCAAGACUGUGUCUUGCAAGCCUAAGGUGUGCCCACCACCACCUCUAAUAAACUGCACUGGUCCAGGGUUCGUCAUUGUCCAACAACCGGAUCCCAUAGACCCCUGCUGUUCUAUCUAUGUUUGCCAAUGUCAAUAUAACAGUUGCCCAGUCACCAGAAUGGACUGUCCGGUUGGAUUUACUUUAGUUGUCAGUGUUCCUGAAGGGAAAUGCUGUCCAGAACAUACAUGUGAGCCUAAAAGAGUUUGUGUCCACGAAGAAAAUGAAUACCAGCCUGAUUCUUCCGUUCCUGGUCCUCCAUGUCAGAGUUGCACCUGUACCAAUAUGGUGGACUCAAAUUCUAAACUAUUCAAAAUAGUUUGUGAGUUUCAGCAUUGUGAACAAAAAUGUGAAAAGGGAUAUGAAUAUGUGCGAACUGAUUCAGAUGAAUGCUGUGGAAAGUGUGUACAGACACAAUGUGUCGUCAACGUUAAUGGUACCAAGCAACUCUUGAUGCAAGGUCAAACCUGGUCACCACCUGAGAAUAAGUGUGAGCACUACACAUGUGAUAAAAGUGGUGAGACUUUAACAACGACCAGAUCACACAUUGUCUGCCCGCCAUUCAAGCAAAGCAACUGCCAACCUGACACAAUUCAGACUGCAGCAAAUGGCUGUUGUAAAAUUUGUGUGGAGAGGGAGAGGGCCUGCAAAUUACAAUUACAAUCAACUCAGAUUAUGUUCGGGAACUGUCAGUCAUACCAGGAAGUAAAUAUGACCUAUUGUGAAGGAUCCUGCAACACUUUCACCAAGUACUCUGAAAAAGCAGCGACUCUGCAGCAUUCUUGUUCCUGCUGUAAGGAGACACUCUUCAGCAAUCGCACCAUUGACUUGCACUGCCUGAAUGGAGAUGUGGUUCCCUACACAUACAUCCAUGUGGAGGGUUGUAGCUGUAGCCCCACAGACUGCACCACAGCUGCUGGACAACCUGCUCGCAGGAGGCGACGCUUCACACUGGUGUAAUAAAAUAUGUCAUCAUAUUAAUGUAUCCAUGAUGAAAAAUUUUAAUCCCAUAUUGUCUUCACAAUCAUUUAUCUCUUUCAAAAUAAUUGCCAUUGUAGAGAGAGUAUUAUAUCCAUUGAUCAAAUAAAAAGAUGCA